UUUUUUUAUUUUUUUUUUGGAGCAACAUGUUUGACACAUAAGUCAACUUAUAUUUUUUUUUGUCUAUUUUUUUUAUAAUUUUGUUUAUUAAAUAUUGUUGUAACAAUUGUUUAUUAUUAUUGAUUUAAUUGUUUAUUAAAUUUUUAUUUUAAAUUUUGAUAAAUCAUGUGAUAAUUGUGUGACAAGUUAUUUUUUAAAUUUUAUUAAUAAUUUUAACUGAUUUUAAUAGAAGACACACAUAAACAUAGACGUGUCACUUGCAAAUAUUUUUUUAUUAUUUUUAUUUUUAGUUUGUUCGAAUUUAAAUAAAAAAAUCAAAUAAAAUUAUUUUAUUUAUUUAUAUAUUUUUAAUUAAAUGAUUUUUCUUUUAUAAAAAUUUUGAAAAAAAAAAAACAAUCAAAAUGAGUGGAAUUAUUCCAGAGAUGGAACAAAUUAUAAGCCAACUUGAAAGAGGUACAGUUGUAACAAAAUUUUUUCAACGUAAAAGACCGGAAAAAAAAACACUUAUGAUAAGACGAGAGACAAGACAAAUUUGUUGGGCUAAAAGUGCAACAUCUCGUCCAUUUGAUGGUUCAAUUGAAAUUAGAGAAAUAAAAGACAUUGUUGUUGGAAAAUCAUCAAGAGAGUUUGAUAAAUGGCCAGAGGAUUCAAAAAAAAUUGAAAAUCUUCGUUGUUUUAUUAUUUAUUAUGGAUCAGAAUUUCGAUUGAAAACACUAUCAGCUUCAGCUUUUAGUGAAAAAGAAUGUGAACUAUGGGUAAAAGGUUUACGUUAUUUAGUAAAAGAUACAAUAAAUGCACCAUAUCCAGUCCAACUCGAACGUUGGCUUAGAAAAGAAUUCUACUAUAUGGAAAAUAAUCGUGAAAUGGUAACAUUAAAAGAUAUCAAAUCAUUUAUGCCUCGUGCAAGUUGUAAAAUAUCAACAAAUAAAUUACGUGAAAUAUUUCAAGAAAUAGAUACACGUGAACGUACAGAAUUAGGCUUUGAUGAUUUUGUUUUAUUAUAUUAUAAAUUAAUGAUUGAUUAUAAUAAUUUUAAUGGUUGGGAAAAAUUAUUGUUAUAUUCAUCAGAUAAUAAUGUAAUAAAAUUGCAAGAUUUCCAAAAAUUUUUAAUAAAUGAACAAAAUGAUAUGACAAUUGCAAAUGAUACACAAAAAGUAUCAAAAUUCAUGAGAGAUUAUCUACAAGAUCCUCAAAGAGAUGUACAAGAUCCAUAUUUUACAUUGAAUGAAUUUUUUUCAUUUUUAUAUUCAAAACAAAAUGACAUAUGGAAUGAUAAAUAUGAUGCAGUAACACAAGAUAUGACAAAACCAUUAUCACAUUAUUGGAUAGCAUCAUCACAUAAUACAUAUUUAAUGGGUGAUCAAAUAAGUAGUGAGAGUAGUUGUCAAGCAUAUGUACGUGCUUUACGUUCUGGUUGUCGUUGUAUUGAACUUGAUUGUUGGGAUGGACCAGAUGGUAUGCCAUUUAUAUUUCAUGGACAUACAUUAACAACAAAAAUUAAAUUUAUUGAUGUUAUUAAAACAAUAAAAGAACAUGCAUUUGUAACAUCUGAAUAUCCAGUUAUAAUAUCAAUUGAAGAUAAUUGUACAUUACCACAACAACGUAAAAUGGCUAUUGCAAUGCAAGAAGUAUUUGGUGAUUUAUUGUUAACUCAACCAAUUGAUAAAAAUGAAACAACAUUACCAUCACCACAUGCAUUAAAAUGUAAAAUAAUAUUAAAACAUAAAAAGCUACCAGAUGGUGUUGAUGAAACAACAUUUAUUGCUAGAAAUAAUCCAGUUAAUCAAGAAAUGGAUUUACGUAAUACUGUUAAAAAUGGUAUAUUAUAUCUUGAAGAUAUUAAUGAUCGUGAUUGGUAUCCACAUUUUUUUAUAUUAACAAGUCAACAUUUGUAUUACACUGAUACAUUUUCACAAGGACAAGAAAUUGAAAUUGAUGAUGAUAAUGAUACAUCAUCCUCAACAUCAACAGCAGCAGCAGCAACAACAUCAUCAUCAUCAUCAACAACAACAAUGAUGAUUAAUCGUAAAUUAGAUAGUCUAUCAAAUGAUGAAUUACAUUUUGGUGAAAAAUGGUUUCAUGGUAAAUUAGCACGUGGUAGAGAAGAAGCUGAUGAAUUAUUACGUAAAUAUUCAUAUCUUGGUGAUGGUACAUUUCUUGUACGUCAAUGUGUUACAUUUGUUGGUGAUUAUUGUUUAUCAUUUUGGCGUAAAGAUAAAGUUAAUCAUUGUCGUAUUAAAUUAAAACAAGUAAUGGGACAAACAAAAUAUUAUUUAAUUGAUAGUUAUUGUUUUGAUAGUUUAUAUAGUUUAAUAACAUAUUAUCGUAACAAUUCAUUAAAAAGUCAAGAAUUUUUAAUAGUAUUAAAAGAACCAGUACCACAACCAUGUAAACAUGAAACAAAAGAAUGGUGGCAUAAUAAUUGUACAAGAAUUAUUGCUGAGGAUAUAUUAAAAAAAAUAGCAAUUGAUGGUACAUUUUUAGUUAGACCAAGUGAAAAAGAAUUACAUACAUAUGCAAUAUCAUUUUAUGCCGAUAAAAAAAUUAAACAUUGUCGUGUUAAAUUAGAAGGUAGACUAUAUACAUUUGGUGAAAUACAAUUUGAAAGUCUUGUUGAAUUAAUUAAUUACUAUGAAAAACAUCCAUUAUAUAAAAAAAUACGUUUAAAUAAUCCAAUAAGUAAAAAUAUUGAUUAUUUAAAUUUUCAUAAUAGUAAUAAUAAUGGUAAUGAUAAUGGUAUUGUUGGUGAUAAUAAUAAUAACAACAACAAUAAUGGAGAUGAUGAUGAUGAUGAUGGUGUUUAUGGUAUACCUGGUUAUAUGGAUCCAUCAUCAUUUAUAUCAAAAAUAACAGUAAAAGCAAUAUAUGAUUAUAAAGCAAGAAGAGAUGAUGAAUUGACUCUUGUUAAACAUGCUAUAAUAACAAAUGUACAUAGACAAGACGGUGGCUGGUGGAGAGGUGAUUAUGGUGGUAAAAAACAACACUGGUUUCCAGCAAAUUAUGUUGAAGAAAUUGAAUGUCAAGAUAGAGAUACAUUUGAUAAUAAUAAUAUUAAUAAAAAUGAUACAAUGAUGUUGGGUAAUUUACAAAAAGGUUCAUUAGAUAUAACUGGUGCUGUUGUUGAAAUUGGAUUAAAUGAUAAACCAGGAUUAGAAUGGAUUAUUAAAAUUCAUAAUCCAAAUAUGUGUAAUAUAUUUGAGGCAUGUACACCAUCAAAAGAUAUUGCAAUUGAUUGGAUGAAUACAAUAAAAGAAACAGCACAAUAUGCUAAUGUUAGAGAAAAUAAAAAUAAAGAAAUUGAAAGACAAUGGAGAAUUGCUAAAGAAAUGUCAAAUUUAAUUAUUUAUUGUCGUUCAAUUGCAUUUGAUAAUGAACGUAUUAAUAAUAAAAAAUUUAUAUUUCAAGAAAUGAGUAGUUUUCCAGAAACAAAAGCUGAAAAAUUAAUGUGUCAACAAGAGCAUGAAUUUUUUAUAAAAUAUCAUCAAAUACAAUUGAGUAGAGUAUAUCCAAAAGGACAAAGAAUUGAUUCAUCAAAUUAUAAUCCAAUACAAUUUUGGAAUUCUGGUUGUCAAAUGGUUGCAUUAAAUUAUCAAACUGGUGAUAGAUCAAUGCAACUUAAUCAUGCAAAAUUUCGUGAUAAUGGUAAUUGUGGAUAUAUAUUAAAACCUGAAUUUAUGUUUAAUGAUUAUUUUAAUAUACAUGAUAAAAAAACAUUAAUUAAUGUUGAUGGUUUAAAUAUACAUUUGACUGUUAUUGGUGCAAGACAUCUUCAUAAAAAAUGUAAAGCACCAGCAAGUCCAUAUGUUGAAGUUGAAAUUUAUGGAGCUGAAUAUGAUACUGGUGUUAAAUUAAAUACAAAAACAUUUAGGGACAAUGGAUUUAAUCCAAUGUGGAAUAAAACAUGUGAAUUUGAUAUAUUAAAUCCAAAUUUUGCAUUGAUUAGAUUUUUAGUACAGGAUGAGGAUUCAUUUGGUGAUUGUAAUUUUUUGGGACAAGCAACAUAUCCGAUUCAGUGCCUACGAAGUGGCUACAGAAGUGUACCACUUAAAAAUCAGUACAGUGAAGAUCUUGAGCUUGCAACACUUUUAGUUUAUAUAAAAAUUACCAAAAUACCAAGUGCUCUUUGAUAGAAUAUAUAUUUUUAGAAAUUAAAUAUCAAUCAACUUCCAUACAUAUACAUUUAU